AUGGGGAAUAAACCAUCCUACAAUGCCGAUAAGCUAAAAACAAGUCUCCAAAUGGCUGUAAUCAGAAUAGGUCUCAUCAAAAACAAACGAAUGGCGGCUAACUAUAAUUUAAAAGAUGAAAUAGCUACCCUUCUCAGAAAUGGUCAAGAAGAGAUGGCGAUGAUCAAAGUGGAAGGUUUUAUAAACACAGAAAAUUACAUCUCAGCUUUAGAAAUCGUUUCUAUGUUUUGUAUUCAAUGCAAUGAAAGAAUUAGACAAAUUUCUGAGUCCAAAACCUGCCCUGCAGAAUUACGAUCAGCAAUCGACACAUUAAUAUGAAGUGCUAGCCGAUCAGAAUGUGAAGAAAUGAUAAAAAUAAGAAAGCAAUUUGCAGGGAAAUAUGGCAUUGAAUAUUGCGAAAAAGCGAAUAUUGAUGCUGAUGGGAUGGUAAAUCAUGCCGUUCUUAACAAAUUAGUGUCUUCUAUACCAUCAGAAAAUGAAAAAAUGAUGAAAAUUAUUGAAAUUGCAUCAGAAAAAAGAGUCGACUUUGUGCCUGGAUCAGAAGUUAAGAAGGUAAAAAUCAUUUAGUAUAUGCAAACUAUAGUAAAUCCAAUGAAAUUUAAUCAGCAAAAUCUCGGAAAUUUUGAAGCUUCUUGCCCAACAAGGAUGACUACAAGAGUGGUUGAAAGUGAAGAAGAAAAAAAUGCUGCAUCGAAUCUGAGACAAGAUUUAUAUCCAAAAGAUACUGUUGACAAGAAAGCUGAAGAUGCAAGUGGAGAAAAUGAAAAACCAAAGAUUCAAUAUCCUGACCCUGAUAUUGAAGAUUUGCAUGAAGAAGAAACCAAAACUCCAAGCCCUACAAAUUCACCUAAAGAUGACCCAAAAAUGCAGCCUGGACAAAGAAAUGAGCUAGAUGAUAUCGAAGAGCGUUUUAACAAAUUGAAAUAG